AUGGCUGCGUAUCUCCCUUUAGAGAUCGUCCAGUCCAUCCUUCUCCACCUCGAUGUGGAAACAUAUAUUGCCGCACGGCAGACGUGUCGCUCCUGGCGAUGUGCGGCGUCGGUACCCUACAUGUUCAGGAAAGCUCUACAGCAAGUCCCGGUCUCAUUGCCUCCAACGAUAAGCACCUUGACUCAAGAUCAAUGGACCGCAUACUUCGCGCAAAUCACCCGCUUGAAUCUACUACACUGCCGACAGGAUAUUCAAAAGUCAGUGACCCAACGGGACCUCCCCCAGGAAUGCUCCCCUACCACUGUGGUGGACACCUCAACUGAUGGACGGAAACUGGUGAGCCUGAAAGGAGGGCGGGCGACCGUAUACGAGCGUGUAAACCUGACGAAUCCAUGGGAGUACUCCCGCGGUAUAACACUUUGCUCGCAGUGGACCUCUGUCGCUCGUGCCAUGCUAGAAGGGGGAACCGCAGGCUGCAUGUCCAUCAACCAGCGAUACACAAAACAAAGUAUUGCUGUUUCCUCUCAAGGGGACUUUAUCGCCGUAGGGCUGGGGAGAACCAUCCAAAUCUACUGCCUUCGCAAGGAUCAAAAUCUUCUCUCUCCUGCAGAAUAUGUACUAGGCCAGAAUAACUCCUUAGCCAGUACCACACGAGGCCAUUACGAGGACACAGACGGCGUCGUCGAUUCCCUAGAGUUUGCUGACAACGACACUCUCCUCCGUGUCUCUAUCAACAAAGAAACAACUAUUCACCAGCCCACUCGAGUGCGGUACUUGGGCUGCCCAGACCUCGCACACAACCUACCCGACCUCAACUACUGGCGAGCAAACAUCAACCGGAUCUACCUCGACUCAGCAGCUUUAUCAGUGGCGCUUGCAGGACAGGACGAAUACCGACUGAUCUUCCGAGGCCUACGGCUCCUCCCCCCAUCAUUCUUCGCAACCCAGCAGCAAGAACAAGAAGACCAGCAAACGUCUCCUCUAACGCCACGCUACUUUGUCGCAUCACUACAAUCAGGCGUCAUCCACAGCUACUGCAUCGGCCUCGCAACCCCCCUCACAGCCAACUCCCCACAAACCGUGAAGGUACACCGACUCCUCCCAUCCGCCUAUUUCCGCCCCGGAGAUGGCAUCACAGGCACCCGCACUGAAGAACUUCCACCACUUAACCCACCCCUCCCAGCCAGCUGCUGCGACGAGCAACACAUAACAUACAACCUCCUAGACACAGUCUCCCGGUGGAACGCAGCCAACCUCCCAUCCGCAACCUUCGCAUCCCCGCUCCUAUCCAUCUCCACCGACCACAAAGUCCUCGCCCUCUACGAACCAAGCGGCAACUACUUCCCUGCCAUUGUCUCCGGCGGCUCAUUAUACUUAUACUGCCUCGAAAACUGCCACCCCGUAUACCAACCAGGCCCGCAGAGAUUCAAACAGCCAACUCAGAAGACCUCCCUCCCUCAUCAGUGGGCUAAUAGCCCCGACGACAAAUUCAGCGUCGAUGCCAGAUAUCCGCCCCCGGACAUCGUUCCCUCUUGGCCAUUCCUUCUUGACAAAGUGCCUGUUGAUAUUGACAGUCUUGAAGUGAAACGAUCGACCCAAGACGAUGGUGUUGUCUAUUCGAAGAGUUGUGCAUAUACUGUUACCGCGCGUUCAGGCGGUCAGGUCCUGGAGUGGCGGAUGAGUUCUUAG